AUAUCAUUAAAUUUGUAAAAGUUUUACAAUAUUAUUGUAAUUGCAUUCAAUUUGAGUUUAAAUCAGUUUUCAAUGCAUUUUAGAAAACUUUUGGUCAAUAUUGGUACAUUAGCUAAUGCGCUUAUAAGCUAAAAACCUUUUCCAAAAAGGUUGACUCUAUUUACACUUUUACAAAUAUACUCCUAUAUAAUUCACAGCAAUUUGAAAAUCGAAACACCUAAAUAUUUUUGUUUUUUUGCUGUUGUCUUUACAUUUACCAGUAUAAAUGGUUGCCAGGCAGCGCUCAUAGCAGACGUGCGUUAUUAAAUCAAUUAUGCAGUCUUAGAAAAACUAUUUAUUUAUAAAUGGUAGGAAAAAGCAAAAAGAAGCGAAAUAGCAAGGAUUCUACAUCCAGUAAUGCUGGAAGUGGCGAAGGCGAGGAAAAAAAGAAGAAAGAAGGCGGUAAAAAGAAAGGGGGCGUGGGAAAGUCCAUUGGCUGUGAUAUUUUCAACGACGCUGCCAUGGAAAAUGCCUAUUAUGUGUGCCACAAUGUGCAGGAUGUUCUAAAAUCAAGAGGGUUCGCCUGGCCAGAUGGACAAAAAAAGAAAAAGAAGGGAAAGCGCUAAGAGUGAAAUUUACAUUAAUAAGUAAAUAAUAAAUUACAGAGAAUUUAGUAAAAAAAAAUAUAAACUUAUAUAUUUUU